AUGAAAUACGUUAUCGAGCACAUGGAAGAGGGGUUUUCCUCGUGGGUCCGGCUGGAGUACCGGGCCAUUUCCAAGGAAGUGGGCUCGUCUGGCUUGUUCCUGACAUCCAUCAAGCCAUCUGUGCAGGUUCCUGAAGAGAUCGCCUCAGUCUGCACAACCACGCCGCUGGACGUUACCCAACUCAAGGAGCUGGACGCCAAUUUCGACGUUUCCAAGGUCUGCCUUCUCGAUCCGUCUGCUGAGCAGGAGCUUGUGCCUGAAGACGCCAAAAAGUUUGACUACUUUUUGUUUGGAGGCAUUCUCGGCGACCAUCCGCCUCGCGAUCGCACUGGAGAGCUUCGUAAACUAGGCUUUGUGGGCCGCCAUCUCGGAAAGACACAGAUGACUACCGACACUGCUGUUCGGGUCACUCAGAGAGUCAUUGAAAACGGACAGAAACUCGACGAGAUCCCGUACGUCGAUUUCCCUGAGCUACGAUUCAACAAGCACGAGUCCACCGAAAUGCCCUUCCGCUACAUCAAAAACGACAAGGGCGAGCCCAUCAUGCCCGAGGGUAUGUUUGAAUUAAUUAAGCAGGACUCCGAAAAGUCUCUAGAAGAUAUGUUAUAG